CGCGUCAAACAGCUGAUCGUCAGCGAUGCGCCACAGGUUGACAACACACACGUUUCACCUUGUUGUGGAGUCGGGUUCAAGACGACAGCAGCACACAGCCAGCUCGGCCUGAGAUGCCGAAAUACUGUUCCGCCCCGAGCUGUAAGAAUGACUCGGGAAACAACAGCGACAGGAAAAGCUUCUACAAGUUCCCGCUGCACCACCCAGACAGGUUGCAGCAGUGGUUAAAGAACAUGGGACGGGAGAACUGGGUUCCCUCUCAGCACCAGUACAUUUGCCACGAACAUUUCACGGCCUCUUGCUUCAAAGUUCGAUGGGGGAUCCGGUACCUGGAAAACGACGCCGUGCCCACGCUCUUCCAGGGGCCUGAGAAACGGAGAGGCGUGGAUCACAGUGAGAAGAAACCAAAACGGCCUCGUGGUAAUGGUAACCUAAGCAUAACGGUGUCAGGUGAUGGGACACUGGCAGCUGAUGCCGUAGAGCUGGACAGUAGCAUCGGCAUGGUGCAGCUGUACGAAACCACCAUCGAUACUUCACAACCUGGAGAAACCGUGUUGGUGGAGUCAAGCGAUGCUACAGAUUCCCUCCAGACGGACCUGAACCCACCAGCAUCUGUGAGCGGAUUUGCAGGUGAGGGCCAAGAGGAACUGCUCAGUGGGAUCACAGCGGCCAUAAUAACUCAGGGUCCUCGGCUGGUAGUGAGCGACUCCACACCAAACCACACAGAAGAGACUCUCGGCUCUCCGGGUGUAUGUGAAGAUGUCAUUUCUACCGUGGAGGAGCCCGCUCUCUUCCACAGCGACCACGAAGCUCAGGUCAUCGCCUACUUUGAGACGAUACCCAAUGUUUUACCCAGCGGGACCUCGGUGCAGUUCGCCGUCCCCUCGGACACGGUGCUGUCGUCCGCCCUCGACUCCAAGCCCAUCGCCUCCACUCUGCCGAUAGUGUCCAAACACGUGCCGCCGCCCCCCGCCUCGCUGGUCCUCACCAUGGAGAGGCUCGGCGCCGAGCACGCAGAGGGAGAUGGGAGUGGAUCAGGGGAGGACGGCCCUGAGCGGAACGACCACAAGCUGGAGGAACACUGCUACCACAAGAACAGCCUGAGUAAGGAGCAGCUGGAGGCGAUCGUGGCAGAGCUGCAGAAGAAGGUGAAGGUGCUACAGCAGCGACACCGACGGCACCUGGAGAAGCUGCUGUCGCUGGAGAAUACCGUCAGCCAGCUGAGACAAAACAAUCUGCUGAAUGAGGAGCGACUGCAGCUGCUAGAGAGGGCCUACAUAGAGACGAGUGCAGCUGUCUCAGAGGCGGGGGAGACGGUGGCCAUCAUUUACGAGGAGGACAACACUGCAUACUUAUACACGCCUCUGAAUGAUGGAGAGGAAGAGAUGUGAGGCCAGACGGAGUGCUGGGCUUUAGUGGCUUACACUGUUUUAAACAAAAUGCUACCUAAUUGUUUUCCUUGGCUUUCCUAUGUCUGAACAAACCCUGACUAUGGUACAGUACGUGGUGGCAGCACAUGUUUGAUCUGCUGUCAAAUUUGCACUAAUAUGUAUGAGUAAUUUGGGACAAUGGUGGAUGUGUUUUAAGUUUUUUUUCUUAUUUGGAACCCCCCCUACCCCUGCCACUGUUUGAUUUAGGUAUUUUGGGUUGUUUGUUUCCAUUAUUGUACAUAUAUUAAACAAUAUUGUUUCCAUUUUC